AUGGUUUUGUCCGACAGCGUCCCUGUCCGGGAUGGCUGGCGGGUGAUGCCCACGGAAAAGCCGUAUCAGACGCUCGUCGACGAUCUGAAGUCGGCCAUCAAGGCGGAAAAGAUGCUUCUGGUCACCCAGGCUAGCGCUUCCGGUGGCGCGAAGGGCCGCAGUCUUACGAUCCCGGGCAACAGGGUGAUGGGUGUCUAUCGCAAUGAUUAUGCGAUCAGAAUGCUCGAAGCUUCCGUUGCCGCCGGUAUUGAAGCACCGAUACGAUUUUACGUGACGGAGAACAGUGAUGGCACGGCAACCCUGUCAUGGAAAACGCCCGGCUUCGUUUUCGCGCCUUACAUGGAGGAGGGGGGCGAAGCGCUCCGCGAACUCGCGGCAGAGCUCGAUGGUGUUUUCCGGACCAUCGCUGAAAACGCUGUUGCAUCACGGUAA